AUGGCUGCAACGAAGGUAAAUGGUCAUGUCAAAGAGACGGAAACCUCGAAAUGUAACUGUUGUCCAUUUGGGUUUCACAUAGAUCUUGGAUUUGUUGAUUUUGUGGAAAAUGUUGCAAAUGAAAACAGCCUUUUGACAGCUACGAACGAUGAAAAUGGCCCACGAAAAAAUUCAUUGAAGCACAUUAGUGAUCAGAAUGACACCUCCGAAAGAUGUUACCUAACUACAAAGCAAUUGAUUGAAAAGUCUUCGUUUAGCCCGUUAGAUUCUAUUUUUAGUGACUCACUGGAAAACGUAGUAAGCGACUUUGAAGAAACACUGAAUUUGCGAAAAAGCAAUUCAAAACGAGAAUCACGAGAUCUGCUAAAUAAUGCACUAAAAAAUGUACGAUGCAAUGGUUACUUUUCAGAUUAUGGUACAACGCAAAGUAAGAAUCGGCUGUUGCCACCAAAGAUGUCACCGCUAAUAUCACAUGAGAUAGUGAAGCGAAAACAUAUUAGCCGCUCACAGACUUUUAUAAAUUCACACAACGAUGCUGCGUCAUCAUCGGGGAAACCUGUACUUGUGCCUGAAGUGCAGCAACACGAAUAUCAUACUGCUUUGGGAAGAGCAAUAUCAAAAAUCAAAUCAAAUUAUCAAAACAAUGAACCUAAUGAUCACAUCCAAAAAACCUUAUUUACAACAAACAGCUCUCAGGCAUCAGAUUUUUGGAAUAUGGAAAGUCGAAAUUACAACAUCGGUUUAUCCCAAGAAUUGGAACAUAAUCGUUCAUUGUACGAGCAGGGUAAGAUGCAUUAUUUGGGCAGCAGAACUCCAGAUGCGCCACGACGUUCACUCACCCUCGCUUCAUCAUAUCAGUACCCGAGUGACACAGAGUCAGUGCAGCAACCGCACUGGAGGAUACGUCGUUCACUGGUCGAAAGAUCAUCCAGUGCUGUGGACGUCGACGGGUUCGUUAGUAUGAGACGUCAUAAAGCAGAUGAUAAUGCUUUCAGAAUGGGUUCUAAACAGAUACUUGUCCCACCCAUGCCUUAUCUAAGAAAUUGCUCACCGUUCUCAGAACGAUUAAUACGUGAUCGAAGUUCACCAUCUUAUUUAUCACUAAAUUUUUCAAUAGCCGAAAAAUGUUCGAUCCCAAGCAGUAUGAGGGACAUAAAAGAAAGCACAAGAACAUACGUGAAAAAUAUUUCAAAUGAAUCUGUCGAAAAUAACUUUGUGCAGUCAGCGAAUAAGGAUGCAUUGCCGGUAGGUUCAAAUGAUCUCAAUAAUGAUGUCAAUGCCAACGGAAUAUGCUUUCAGUGCUGCAACCUUCAAAAACAGCUGUCUGAUUUGUCGUGCAGAUUAAAAGAAGCGACGGAUGAAGCGAAAAGUAAAAUAGUUGAAAAUCAAAGAAGGAAGGAAGAAGAGAGAGUUAUUGUUGACAAAAGUGUUGGAGACUCAUGUGAAAUGCUUUAUACUGAAAAGAUAAAGGAGGAGAAAAAAGACACUGGCACUGAUGCAUUGCUUAUCGAAGUUGAUGAUAAGAGGACAAGUAUAUCGUCGGUGGAUCGAGUCGAAAUGCUUUGGUAUAAAGAUAUCGCCAGUUCACCUGUUUCAGAACCACAGUUCUACUCGACUGGAAUUACAACUGACAAACUGUUGGCUUCUUCUCGUGGCUCUGCUACCGAUUUACCGAAUCAGGAACUGCUGGUUAUUGGGCCAGAAUGUCAUUUUGAAUGUAGCGCUGAACCAUUGGUCACUAAUGAUUAUGGCUGUGGGAGUGAUAUGUUUACUAUGAUGUGUGAUUUUUCGAGUAUGACGGAUGCUGUCGAGCUGGUUGACUCAGAAACUGGAAGUAAACAAAGUAUUCCUUUAUUCAAGGAUUCCUCAUCCAUGACUACUCCGAUUACAUCCCAUUCACGUCACAUUCAAACUGAACAAAUCAAAACGAGAACGGUGUGCAUUUCCACAUCACCGAUGUGUUUGUUAAAUCAUAACAUCGGUACGGUACAGGUAACUCAGAAAGAUUCCUACACAGUUUGCGGUGAAUUGAUGACACGUGAUUUUGUUGAUGCUUUCACUGGAAUGGAUAUCGAGGAAAUAGGACAAAGGAUAUGCUACACUACUGUCGCAUCCCAAACAGAGUUCGAACAAAGUGAGCCACGAGUAAUUGAUGAUAGGGAAAUAGCGGAAUCGCUGUGGUUGAUUCCAUCCAGAGAUAGGAAGGAUGUAGCAGUGGGUAACGAGGAUGACGUUAUCGAGGUACAUGAAAUACCUCCACCAGCACCGGAUGGAAUCAACCAUCAAAAGGAAAUGAUGUUAGAUAGUGAUGAUGACGAUAUGAUUUGUGUAAUAGAAGAAACACUAUCGGAUCCAGAAGAUAUUGAUUUCAAGAGUGCGAAGUCUGCGGAGCAGUUGUCGUUGGAACAACGUAUUGCAGACAAUUUAGACGUUAAAACUAGAAAUGAAGUAGCCGCAAAGGUCAAAACACCUCGAGCACUUGGUCACGCUCGUGCAGCCAUAGUUAAAAAAAUGCUCACUGAAAAAUCACAACCACUAAAUUUCAUCCGUGGUACAGCAAUAUCCAAAUCUUGGCGAUCAGCUAGUAAAAAAGGAGACCCGCUGCAAUACAUCGUUGAUCAGCAUGAAACACAGCGCAAUUCGGAUUCCUCAACACCUCAGACAACGAAAGAUGCUUUGAAAGAAAAAGUCAAUCUUAAGAGAGAUUUUGUAUCACCACAAAUGGAAUUAUCGAAGGUCCCAGAACCGGUUCCAGCUCGAAUACCACGACCUAAAAUCAGCAAAUACAUUCCUGGAGAAACUGUACCACAAUCACCUGAUGAAGAAGCUGAAAUAGCCGAUCGACUGACCCCGUUACGUUCGGAGAUGCGUACUCUACGAACGUAUUCCAACGGAAGAGCAGUGACGUUUCCUCGAUCGGCGCAACUCCUAAAGAACGUACCACCGAAGAUAUCUUCCCCAGGCUAUGAAAAAACUAAUAACUCAAUCGUUUUUGAAGACAGCACGAGUUCAUCUUCCGAUUCGGAAGGUUCAUACGAUACGAAUGAGGCAAGUACAGCUGCUCAGUUUGAAUUAACACUGCAACUUAAUGAAGCGAUCGGAAUCCUUAAGAAUCACUUUCAGAAAUCGGAUCCAUUUGAAUCUUCUUUGUUGGAUUGGGCGACGAAUCAUGCAAAACAUGAAUGGUUAAAAACGGCAGCGCGGAAAACAGCAUCAGCGGUCGAAGUGGAAGGUUUCAUUGAUAUGCUGGAGGCUACAUCAGAUGCUGUUCUUAAAUUUGUUAUCAAUCUGGCGGAUCCCAAUGGGAAUACUGCUCUCCAUUAUGCAAUAUCUCAUGGUAAUUUCGAUGUUGUUAGUGUUCUGUUAGAUUCGCGAGUCUGCAAUUUAGAUCGUGCUAAUAAGGCGGGAUAUACACCGGUGAUGCUGGCAUCGCUCUAUGAUGCAUCCGAUGAAGUUGAGACUGCUAUUAUUCAUCGACUAUUUCAGUUAGGCGAUGUUAAUGCUCAAGCUGUUCAGCACGGACAGACAGCAUUGAUGCUGGCUGUUUCUCAUGGUAAAAUAAACACGACGAAGUUAUUGAUUGAUUGUCAGGCUGAUCUCAAUAUACAGGAUGAGGAAGGCUCUACAGCAUUAAUGUGUGCUGCGGAACACGGUCAUAAAGAAAUCGUGAAAUUAUUACUUCUACAGAAAGAUAUUGAUGCUUCACUUUCUGACUGUGACAGUUCAACAGCCUUAUCGAUUGCGGUAGAGAAUGGUCAUCGUGAUAUUGGUGUUCUAAUCUAUGCACAUCUGAACCAUUCGUGCAAACAAAAUCAGAAGCAGCAAAAGAUAGAAUUAACUUCGUGA